AUGUAUAAUGGUGAUCCAAAGCUGAUUGAAGCAGUUAAAUAUAUUAAUUGGGUUAAUCAGGUAAUAAGGCUGCAUAGAGGCCAGUCUAUCAAUAAGUUUACAGUCCAAAGUGGCUUUUAUGAAAGGCAGGUGCAUCAUAUUGACAGAUGGGUUAAAUUUGCUUUGACAAAGAAAGUGAAGAACCUGGAGCUGGAGUGGCCGGAUUCGCCAUUGCGUUAUUGUCCAGGGGAGGCUUACACUCUGAAGCCUUCAUUGUUUGAAAGCGGCAUCAGUUUUCUUACUUGCUUGCGUUUGAUUGGUGUUAAUGUUAGUGGAGAGUUGCUUGAAUUUUUGUUGACAGAAUGCCACCAUUUAGAACAACUUUUUGUAGAAGGCUCUAAAACACUUGUGAGCUUGAAGGUUGCGUCUUUCAAGUUGAAACAAUUGUCAAUACACUAUUGUAGUUCAUUGAAUAAACUUGAAAUUGAUGUUGUGAAUCUUUGUUAUUUGGAUUAUUUUGGCAAGCCGAUUAUUGAGUUCAAAAGUUUGCCAUUAUCACUUGUUGAAGCAGCUUUUGAUGGAGAAUGUUGUCGUGCCACAACUCCAAUAUGUCAGCAAAUUGCGUGUUUUGCCAUGCAACUAUCCAAAUUUUCUGUUCGCUUCAUGAUAAAUUUACAACCGGGGGAACAUGUCAUUUGUAAUAUUCCUGCUAAAAGUCUUCCAUGCUUCAGCAACUUGAAAUUUUUGGAGCUGACUUAUUGGCUUGAUUCGAUAGUUGAUACUCCUAGUAUCAUAAGAUUAUUUGGGGCAUGCCCGGUGUAG